AUGGAGUCUGGGGAGUGUAAUGGUGGUGAAUUGACUCUGAAAAGACAGCGGGCACCUCUGUCAGACUCUGAAGAUAAUGUCCUCUCAUCAUCAGGGAUGAAUUAUGGCCAGAAGCGUCAGCGCUUGGAGAGAGCUGGUCUGGAAAACUGCAGUCCCAAGCCGUUGUCAUAUGGUCGCCUAGCUAAGCAGGAGGUGAAGCCAGAUACACCGGUCAUCCAAUCAGUCCGUUCUCGAGUUCAGCAACUCGCCCAGAAGCGAGACGGUGGGCCUGUUUUCACACAAAAGUGCCUGUCAGAUCCUGGGACUGACACCGCAUCAGUCAUCAUCCCAGACAAGAGCCUCAGAGAACAUCUACUCGGAGAGGGGGAGUUCAACCAACGAUUGGAGCGAUUCAGUGCCCCUGUCUUUGAGGAUAGUGCUACCUCCAGCCCGACAGGCUCCUGCCCCCGUCCCCGCUCCAACUUUGUAUCUGACAUUCAGCAGAAACUCCAAGAAAGUGUUACACCAAGCUCAAAGCAAGCCUCCCGUAUACGCCAGGAGAGGGAGCAGGAGUUGCGCCUGUUGCACUGUCAACCAAUAAGUGAAAAUGCCUGGCUCAAAAGACGCAGCUCUGACUCCUCAUUGGUGGAGCAGGUAGAUGCUGAAAUAAAAGAUGGUAGCUUCUCUGAAGCCCUUGUAUCGAGUGUACAAAAAACACCGGUGAAAACUACAGGUGACAAGUUGCCUUGUGACCACCCAGCCCAUGCUUCAUCUUUAGAGCUAGAGAGCUGCGAUGAAUGGCAGAUGGAAUGGAAGGAGCCAGAUGCUUCAAAGAGAACAGGAGAGGGAGAAGAGAAAGAGCAGGAGGCAUUUGUUAAAAAGUUUCAGCAGGAGCUAGGAGCUGACCAGCCUGAGGAUCAGAGUGCAUUAGAGCUGCCUCUAGAUGAAGAGCAGAGCAUGUUUAAAGUCCGUUUUAGUGAAAAUUUCACCACAAGGAAAGCUCUAGGGGCUUCUGUAUUAAUUGAAAAGGGAAUGUCGGCGUGUCUGCCAGCUGAUGAAAAUGAGUGUGACUCUUAUGGUGACGAGGGAAUUGAGCCUUCGACUGAUGAGGAACUGAGGGUAUGGCGAUACCCUCCGGAUAUGGAGAGUAGGGAGGUGGAGUCUACGUUAGCUGGGGAGGAACAGGGAGGAACAUUGUACACUGGAAAAAAUAAAUUGGAAGCAUCUACAUUUGAAGAGAAAGGGACGGUAAGCGAUGUUUCAGACCAUAGUAAACAGUCUGACAUCCAGAUUGGGGAAUGUCUAAGGGAUAAUAUCAAUGAUGAGGUUUCUAUGUUUCUUGGAACCUUUGAACAAAAGGAAGACAUGGACCUCACACCCAAGAAGAAACUCAUUGUGUCAGACAUUAGCUCUUCAGUUUACUCAGUGAAACAUCAAAGGGCCCUUGUGCAAUAUGUGGAACCUACCAUUUGCAGAGAGCAAGGAGAAGUAGAGCCACAUAAAACGGAUAAAGGACAGACAGAAUGUGCUGAUCUCCAGGCGAUGAACCAGGAUGAGGACACAGAACUAUGCACUACAGAAGAAGUUAAAGUUGACAAUGAGACUCAGACUGGCGAUAUAAAACAUGAAGAGAUAGAUCUGGAGGCAGAGGUGACAGUUCCACAAAGCACAUGGCAGCAGACCGGACAGUCCCAUGAAGCAGAUGUUGCCCAUGUUUUGACGAAGACAUUGACAGGGGAAAAUGUGGCUGAUUUAGCGCAACCAAUGUUGGAGGCUCAGGCCUCACAGCUAGCCCACCCAGCUGAAACUGAUAGAGGGAAACUAGCUCAGACUCUGAAAGAGGCUCAGACAUCAGAAGGACAUCAAAUGGCAGAAAAAAUGGAGCUGGAUGCUGUAGGUAGAGGUCAAGGUGACCGAGAUAAGCUGACAUAUGAAAGUCAGGUGGAAGAAGUACACCAUACAAAGAGAGGCAGAGGAGGACUAAAGAAAGUUACAUUUAUCCUGGAGCCUGAGCUAAUCGAUGACUCAACCUUGUCUGAGGUGAAUACGUCUUUUGAGCCCAAGGGAGAGGCUAGUUUAUCAGAGACUGAAUUAAGCUCUCAUGAUGAGACUAACACAGCCGAGAUGAUUGACCGGAUGUUUGAGGAGGUGUUGGAAUAUGCUGGAAAGAUAGAGGGGAAGAGGGAUGGUGAAGACACUGAAGACCGGGAUAGCAGUAUUGGCACUUGCUCUGGAGAUAAGGACAAGAUGGACACGGAGUCCGAGAAGGAAAGAAGUGGGGAAGAAGAAGAGGCUAAAGAGGAAGUUGGGCAUGGGGAGGAUACACAGCCUGACACCACUGGGGAUGAACUGCUGACUUUCCCUCCCAGUGGCAUCCUCUCCCCUCUUAGCAAGUCUGUAGAGGCUGUGGUCACUCCUCUGAGACUGGCAGCCAGUCAGCUGUCCACCCCCACAUCUCUGCUCCUGACUCCAGAAGAGUUAACCGCCAUACCACCCGCUGACUCUGCCCCUCUGUACAGUAUUGAUGCUUACCGAACCCAGAGACGAAUUAAGUUGCCCACCAUUCAAACUGUGACUCCUGUCAUACAAAGGCAGGCCCCAGAGAAGUCCAAACCUCAGCCCUCUAUCAACACCAAGGACAGGAUUGCGGCUCUGAAUGAGGAGGCAGGGAAGCUACAGACAGUCAUCAAUCAGACCCUGCAAGCUCUGAGCUGCUGUACCGAUGAGGAGCAUGGCCGGGGCUCAUAUGAAGAGGCAGAAGCUGAGAAACUGCUGCUUGUCUCCUGUGAGAAGCGUUCCGCCCUGCUAGCAGAACUGGCCAGGUUGAAGGCGGAAGGGGGAUCAAAUUCUCAAAAAGCCAAAGGAGAUGGGGACUACGUUACCCAGCAUCCCUGCAGAGGGACCGUCAGCAUCAGCAAUGUGCAGCUGCCUCUAAAGGUCGAGUUUGUUUGCUCCUCUCGUGCUCGUACAGGUCGGCCAAGUCACUACUUCUUUGUCCUGAUUCGCUACGGACCCUACAAUAUUGUUGCUACCCCACUGGCCACAGCUACAGAUGCUCAGAAUGGAGACACAAUCUCCUUCCCCACCACCGUCACUCUACAGGACAUUCGUUCCAACUUUGAAAUUGAUGUGGAAGUUUACAGCCUGUCCCAAGCCUCAGGGAACACUUGCGGUGGGGAACGCCUCUCCACCAAGCCGCGGGUCACUCCGAGAAAGCUACUGAAUACCAUCACACAACGAUCCAACAAUAGCAUGACAUCUGCUGGUUUGCCUGCACUAAAUAUGCAUCGCUCAAGUAACUUCUCUCUGGUGGGCUCCCAUAAAAUCACCCUGGCCUCACUGGGACAAAGCAAGUUUCCGCUGGAUAAGAUGAAAUUUGAAGGCAAAAUCAGGAGGCUGCUUGGAGAUGAAUUUCAGGAAAAGGUGCCCUUCCUGUCUCCCUUAGAGGGUAACAUCUACAUGCGUCUAGAAAGUGAGAGCCACUCAGGUGUACAGCACCAAGGAUUCCUGACCAUGUUUGAAGUGGUAAAUGGAUUUGGGAUAUGGCACCGCCGAUACUUUGUCCUGGAAGGAUAUCACAUGUACUUCUGGAACCACCCCAAUGACAAGGAAAUCAAGGCAGCAGAGGGCGGCAUCUCUUUAUCCAGCUCACCCAGUGGCAGUGUGAAACCUGUCAAGAGGGACUCCUGUGCUCGACCUCUUACCUUUGAGCUGGUCAGUAACAUCAACACACGGCAGCAGGAGGACAGACAAGAUGCUGUAGCAAAGUGCUGGUUCUCAGCCGACACAAAGCAGGAAUGGUCUGACUGGAUGGAUAAACUAAAUCAGGUUCUUUUGGACUUUCAAACGUGGCGCCGAUCACCAUCGGCCCGCGCGGUAAUACAGGAGGCCAAGGGCUCAAGCGGCAACAACAUAAGAGAGAGCGUAUUGUAAUCUGGUCUAUAGUGCUACCUUGUGGCUAAGCCAAUACAUCUAAUCAAAAUCGAUUUGUCACUUGUUUCCCCAGCUGGCAUCUUGAGAGCAUACCAUAUAACCAGCUGCCAUUUGGCUUAGCCAGUCCAACCAAAUUAUGACUAUAGCUAGCGAGAGGUUUAUGUAUAUCUUUUUGAUUUAUUUUUGGGAGAUCUCAUUAGAUAAUCACAAUGCUAUUAUUUUUCUGGUUUAAAUUUGAGGGGAUUCCACCAUUUCUAUGGAGUGUUUGUUUUUAUUUUUGGUAAUUUCCAUUGGGAUAUUUUAAGUUUUGGUUUUUUUUUCUCAUUAGGAAAUUGGCAAUAAGUUUUUAUUCAGGGUUUUUGAAUCGGUUGCUUCAGCCUUUAUUGGGCAAUAAAGAUUGUUAACUUUCAAACAAACGUCAUCUCGUGGCUUAUAUAUUUUUGAAGGAUAACGUGUG